AUGGAUAACAUUUCCCACAACUCGUCCGACAAUAGCGUUGAGUACACGAAAUGGAUGGAUAAGACACUACUGGGUGUGUCGUACGCGGCUAUAAUUGACACUGAGUUGUACAAAAGUCCAGAAUUGGAUGUACAAAAGGGUCAACAACUGCAACAACAGUCACGACUGGUUGUGGUCUCCGGACGUACGCAUAGUAUUGUCGCCAAUGUAUUGGACAAAGGGUUCGGCGACCGGAAAGCCGACGACCAGUUGAGGACACUUCUGGACAAUGCCUUCAAAGGAAGGGAUGACUUAAAUAGAGUGAACGACAACUUGUGGCGCGGAUUCGCUGUAUUCACGACGAAUACAGACGGCAACCGAUUUCAACAGAUCUCGAGACACAUCGCGAAACAAUCGGCACAAAACAAACCCAGCAUUUGGUUUAUGAUUUCAGGUUUGCGGCCAUAUAUUUGGGAUUCUGUGCCGGCAUUGAUGACAAUCCCGGCGUUUAAGGCAUCGGUGGAAACGUCGGCCCAAAUGCUGUCCCCUCUGGGCGUCGACGGCAUCGAGUGUUUGACCGAAACUAUCGAUUGGAAGAACGAACUCAACGAACACAACAUUCACCGCGCGUUUAUCGCCGCAGCCGUACAUCACAUGGCAUUCAUGGACGCCAUGCGGGCCGUAGGGGUCACUCCCGACGGCUAUUUGGGCUCAUCGUUGGGCGAACUCAUGUGCUUAUAUCUGGACGGACUGUGCGAUCGGCGCCAGUUUCUGGCGAUGUGCGCAGCGGUACGGCCGCCGGUCAGCGACGGACGGCCCCCAGUGUACGGCUUUCUGAUCGGCCAGUCGUGGCCAGAGAUUCAACGGUUAUGUGAGGGCCGCCGAGAUAUAUAUCCGGCCGAACACAUGGCUCGCAAUCUGUGCGGUAUUGCCGGCAAUGAAGCGCCGGUACGUGAACUGCACCGGGUUUUGCGCGCCAGGGGUGUAGAGGUGCGCCCGGUUAGUCGUGAACCUGACCCGUUCCACACGGAGUACAUGUUUGAGCCCAAUAUAGGUGCGGCACUG